GGGAGAGUAAGUACACACCUGAGAGAAACUUACGGUUACAGGUCACUCUCUAAGCACAAUCAGCUCAAGAGAUAAAACUAAUCCUAGCUUCGAAUAUACAUGAGCCGCCACUCAUCCAUUCCCUGCCCCCAAUGUAUUUAAGGAGCUCUGUAGGCGUGCACCGAGUGCUAAUCACAGGUGUUUCAAAAAUUAAGAAGCGCUGAUCAGAGCGAGUAAAUCAGGCUUAGCAUAACACAGUUACACAGAUGGCUCUCACGGUCAGGCAGAGGCGACUCCCUCAGCUCCACAUCUCCCUCGACCUCCCAUCGUGCUCCUUCAGGUGCCCGAACCCGCCGGUGGCAGCCACGGCUUCGACGUCGGGCGAGUUCCGCGCGUCGGACUUCGAGCGGCUCGCGGUCCUCGGCCGCGGGAACGGCGGCACCGUGUACAAGGUCGCGCACCGCCGCACCUCGGCCCAGUACGCGCUCAAGGUGCUGCACGGCGGGGGGGAUCCCGGCGCCGCGGCCGCCGAGGCGGACGUGCUCCGGCGCGCCGCGGACUCGCCCUACGUCGUGCGGUGCCACUCGGUCUUCCCUGCCGCGUCCGGAUCCGGCGAAACCGCGCUCCUGCUCGAGCUCGUGGACGGCGGCUCGCUCGACUCCGUCCGCCGCGGGGUCGGGGUGUCCGUGUUCUUCCCGGAGGCGGCGCUGGCCGAGGUCGCGGCGCAGGCCUUGGCCGGCCUGGCCCACCUCCACGCGCGCCGCGUCGUGCACCGGGACAUCAAGCCGGCGAACCUCCUCGUCAGCGGCGCGGGCGGGGUCAAGGUCGCCGACUUCGGCAUCGCCAUGGUGCUCCCUUCGCGCGCCGGCGGAGAGCGCUGCGCCGCGGCCUACGAGGGAACCGUGGCGUACAUGAGCCCCGAGCGGUUCGACUCGGAGGGGCGCGCGGACGCCGACCCCCGCGGCGCCGACGUUUGGGGCCUCGGGGUCACCGUCCUGGAGCUCCUCAUGGGCCGCUACCCGCUGCUCCCCGCGGGCCAGAAGCCCACCUGGGCCGCGCUCAUGUGCGCCAUCUGCUUCGGGGAGCUGCCGGCUCUGCCCGAAGGCGCGGCGUCCACGGAGCUCAGGGGAUUCAUCGCCGCGUGCCUGCGGAAGGAUCACACGAAGCGAGCGUCCGUCGCGGAGCUUAUCAAGCACCCGUUCGUCGCCGGGAGGAAUAUGGCGGCGUCCAGGCUCGCGCUCCGGCGGCUGGUGGCCGGAGCUUGAACUGGUGCUGGCACGUUAAUUAGCAAUUACGAGUAGCUAGCUGUUGACAAAUCAUAGCUGUAGCAUGUAUGAUUUUGUAGGAGUAGAUUAGUUUGUGCAUUCGUAUGUCUGUAGAUCUUUCUCUUGGAAAGUUUAGGGAUUGACAAGUGGAUAAACAGAUGAAUGAAAAUCAUCACCGAGGAGGAUUGCCUACGAGA